UCAUGCUGCUGUCAGGUCCAGAGUCUCUCAUGGGUCCCUGUACGGCCUCCCAUUGCUGCUGUCUCCAUCGCCACACUCUGCCAUGUGCCACUUUCAGGUCUCCUCACACUGCUGGUGUGUUCCAUUUUUUGUCAUAGGGUGCUGGCAGAUUACGGGCCUCCCAUAGCUGCUGCCAGGCCCCUAAUCUGCCAUGGGCCCCUAUACCGCCUCCUCAUGCUGCUGCCAAGUCCAGAGUCUGUCAUGGGUCCCUGUACGGCCUCCCAUUGCUGCUGUCUCCAUCGCCACACUCUGCCAUGUGCCACUUUCAGGUCUCCUCACACUGCUGGUGUGUUCCAUUUUUUG